UACUGAAACAUUUGAUUUUAAAUGAAAGUGUGAUACUGCAGGACAAUAUUGAAGGCUACGCCCUAACUGAGAUGACCUUUCUUUGCUUAGCAAUGAACUAUGUGAAAUGCAUGUAUUGGUCUAAGCAGAAGAAUAGCUAUUUAUCUUCCACAUGAGACCACUUCUUGAUCAAACACUUUAUACAGAAUGUUUAUGGGCCGAUCCAGCCACUUUCAGGCUUUCAGGGCCAAGUGACUUCCUUCCCCUCAUUUGUUAUAAUCCCUCCCUUUUGCUGGAGAACUGCAUGGGUGAAUGAUAAAGUAAUACAGUCUUCAAGUAGGCUACAGUAAUAAGGAUACAAACUACGCUGGUACUGAAACAGCCACCGCUACACCAUGUUUCCUACAAUCCCAUUAGCUAAGGGCACCGUAACCCCUAACACUACAGCCAGCCAUACCACCGCCGCUCCCGGGUUUAUAGACCAACUACUGAACAAGAUUCCCUUGCCAAGAUGGGCCAUUUACACCAUCUUUGCUGUCAUUGUCUUGAUGUUUUUGGUGUGUAUUAUAUGCAUCUGUGCGAAAUGCUGCUGCAAGAGCAAGAAAAAGACCAAAAAGAAGCCGGACAAUCAAAUCAAUCUACAAGGGGUGAUUGGUUCCUCGACUACAUCGCUAGUCCCACAUGGCUCGGAUGAUGCAGGCUACGGCUCAGCUAAAAACCGGGGGAGACUACUCUAUUCUCUGGAAUACAAGGCACAAGAGCUGACAGUGGGGCUCAAAGAGGCUGCAGCUCUGACAGCCAUGGACCGGAGUGGCACCUCUGACCCCUAUGUUAAAGUCUACAUCACUCCCAACAAGUCAAAGACAUUCGAGACUAAGGUCUACAGGAAAACCCUCAACCCUGUGUUCAAUGAACACUUCACAUUUAAGAUUGACAAGGCUGAGCUCAAUGAGUCCACCAUAGUCAUGAAAGUGUUCGACUUCGAUAGAUUCUCCAAACACGACAUCAUCGGGGAGCUGAGGCUGCAGCUCGGAAUCAUCGACUGGAACCAUGUGAUUGAAGAGUGGGAAGACCUGAGAGAACCCUCCAAGUUUGAGGAUGAAAUUCUGGGGGAGAUCUGCUUCUCGUUGCGCUACGUCCCCACCACUAACAAGUUGACUGUUGUCAUCCUGGAAGCCAAGAACUUAAAGAGUAUGGACAAAGGGGGCUCAUCAGAUCCCUAUGUAAAAGUGCAGCUUGCUCUGGACAAGAAGAAGUGGAAGAGAAAGAAGACAUCUGUUAAAAAGUCCACACUGAAUCCCUACUUCAACGAAUCCUUUACGUUUGAUGUGUCGUUUGAACAAAUUCAAAGGGUUCACCUGAUGAUUUCCGUGUGGGACCAUGACAAGUUGAGCAGGAACGACGCCAUAGGGAAGAUUUUCCUGGGUUGUGAUGCUGCAGGGAACCAGCUGAGGCACUGGGCAGACAUGCUGUCCAAUCCCCGUAGGCCUGUGGCUCAGUGGCACAACCUGCUUUCCAACGAACAAGUGGACUCCACCCUCGACCUCAAACACACAGUUAGGAUCCCCUUCAUCAAUAAGAACUUUUGAGAAAUAUUAGUAGACUCGCUUGCCAGACUCAUGGCACUCAAGUGGCUAUGGGAAGAGAAAAUCCUCCUCCAUGGCCCGACAUAACCCGAUUCCUCCUUCUACUUCACUCAGCUAAUAGCAGCUUGGACGCCCUAGCACUUUUAAACAAAAUACAGAGCCUUCAGAAAGUAUUCACACCCCUCGACUUUUUCAACAUUUUGUUGUGUUACAGCCUGAAUUUAAAAUGGAUUAUAUUGAGAUUUUUACGUCACUGUCCUACACACAAUACCCUAUCAUUUCAAAGUGGAAUUAUGUGUUUAGAAAUAUUUACAAAAAAAUAUUUUUAUGAAAAGCUGAAAUGUUUUGAGUCAAUAAGUAUUGAACCCCUAUGUUAUGGCGAGCCUAAAUAAGUUCAGGAGUAAAAAUGUGCUUAACAAGUCACGUAAUAAGUUGCAUAGACUCCGUGUGCAAUUAUUGUGUUUAACAUGAUUUUUGAAUGGCUACCUCAUCUCUGUACCCCACACAUACAAUUAUCUGUAAGUUCCCUCAGUCGAUUAGUGAAUUUCAAACACAGAUUCAAUCACAAAGACCAGGGAGGUUUUCCAAUGCUUCUCAAAGAAGGGCACCUAUUUGUAGAUGAGUAAAAAACUCCACAAUACUAACCUUAUUGACAGAGUGAAAAGAAGCAAACCUGUACAACAUAGGGCAAUAAGGCACUAAAGUAAAACUGCAAAAAAUGUGGCAAAGAAAUUAAAUGAAUGUCCUGAAUACAAAGCAUUACAUUUUAGGGCAAAUCCAACAUAACACAUCACUGAGUACCACUCUUCAUAUUUUCAAGCAUGGUGGUGGCUGCAUCAUGUUAUGGGUAUGCUUGUCAUCGGCAAGGACUAGGGAGUUUUUUGGGGGAUACAAAUAAAUGAAUAGAGCUAAGCACAGGCAAAAGCCUAGACGAAAACCUGGUUCAGUCUGCUUUCCAACAGACACUGGGAGACAAAUUCACCUUUCAGCAGGACAAUAACUUAAAGCACAGUUGCUUACCAAGCCAACAUUGAAUGUUCCUGAGUGGUCUAGUUACAGUUUAGACUUAAAUCAGGCUUGAAAAUCUAAGUAAUGGCUGUCUAGCAAUGAUCAACAACAAACUUGACAAAGCUUGAAACAUUUUAAAAAUAAUAAUGUGCAAAUAUCGUACAAUCCAGGUGUGAAAAGCUCUUAGAGAUUUUCCCAGAAAGACUCACAUUUGUAAUCUCAGCCAAAUGUGAUUAUAACAUGUAUUGACUCAGGGGUGUGAAUACUUAUGUAAAUGAAAUAUUUCUGCAUUUCAUUUUCAAUAAAUUUGCUAAAAACAUGUUUUCACUUUGUUAUUUUGAGGUUUUUGUGUAGAUGGUUGCAAAAAAAAAUCUAUGUAAUCCAUUUAGAAUUUAGGCUAUAACACAACACACUGUGGAAUAAGUGAAGGGGUAUGAAUACUUUCUGAAGGCACUGUAGAUGCUGCCAUUUUUAUAGACAUUUCAUGAUAAACACAUGAUAAUUUAGGAAUAAUAGAAUUAUAGAAGCUCAACUAUUUUCUAUGUAGUCCAUUGUUUAUUGGUUUUAUCCUCAGUUUGAAUAGCCUUACAGGUAAACUUGAACACUGCACAUAUGACUGGCAUGUUCAUAAAAAAGUAAUUACAAUUUGUCUCAGUUGUAGAACAAUUGUCAUAGUGUCUACCUCAAGUUAUUCAACAAACACUGCCCAUAUAUGGAAAUAUUCUAAAACUCUUACUUGAUGGUAAUAUGCAAUACAUCCAUGUAUGGCUUCUAAUUUCCCCAAAGCAUCUGAUUGAAUGUGUCUGAUUGAAUCUCAGAUGAUGUGCCCUACCUUGGGUCAAUUAACCUGAGUUCAGCAGCCUCCUCUCUCCCAGUUGACACAGGGUUGGUACAGUGGGAAAUCAGGGAGCCACAGCAGUGUCAGCCGAUAAUACCUUUAGAUUAACGUGGAUCCCUAUGGGAGGGAUAAAACAACUGAAGCAGAGCUUGGAGUCUGAGCCAGCAUUGUCAGCACCUACUGUGCACAUGCUCAUUACAGCUACCUAAUUAGGAUCUAUGUUUGGGACAGAGCACUGGAAGCACUGUGGCCACGACAAGACGGGAUGUUGCUUACUGCUCUCACAGGUGGUCAGGUGUAACAUAUUGAAUGGUAUGAAAUAAGUAAAGAAGUUUUUUCAUGGCUUGAG